GCUUUUAAAUUUAAAAUAAAAUAAAAAACACGGCGUUUAUGUGUUCCGACAUACCUUGUUUCUCUCCGGUGACUUCCGGCGGACGGACUGAACCAAAACAACAUGCCAGCCGAGGAGGAGCCCGUGAGAGGAGGAAGAGGAGCAGAACGAGAUGAAGAGGACAAACUCCAGAUAAUAAAAGGAGCAGCGUUUCUGACCACGGUGGCGUCUGCAGGGCUGCUGUUCGGCUUCGGCUCCACGUUGGCGCUGGCCAGGAAGAAAAGCCCCGACUGGUUCAGUAAGGGUGUUGUGGGGACCUCGGCCCUCCCAGAGAGCGGGGCCUCUCUGGCCCUCAGGGCUCUGGGUUGGGGGUCUCUGUACGCCUGGGGGGGCGUCGGCCUGCUGGCAGCCGCCGCCUGGAGCGCCCUGGGAGUCCACAACCUCUCAGAGUUCAGACAGAAGAUGAAUUCUUUCUUCCCGUCGAUCCCGAAGUCGUCCAACCAGACCGGAUCAGAACCUGUAGACUGGGACGCUGUCCUCGGGACAAAGUGACGUCCUCCUGAACCUGAACCAGGACUUGAACCAGUAGACUAAGACUGUCCUGCUUCAGGACCUGUGGACCUGGACUCUGUCCUGCUGUAAAACCUGGACUUGUGGACUUGUUGUCCUGCAGCUGAUCAGAUUGUUUGUUUGUUUGUUUGUUUGUUUGUUGUGUAAUAAAUGCAGUUUGUUUGGAGGAGCGCUGGUUUCUCUCAGCAGGACGUCCUGGGGGGGCGGAGCUAUAAAACUCCUUUUUUAGUUUUUCUUUGAGGAGAAAAUAUCAAAAAUCAAAAACUUCCAUUGACGAGCUCAGAAAGGAUUCAUUAUUAUUAUUUUAACGUAAUUUAUCUGUUAGAUUCUGAAUUUAUCAACUCAAGUUUUUGAUUUUUUUUUUUAAAUUAAAUUUCCAGUUUUGGUGACAUGUUGAAUUUAUCAUUAAAAUAUUUCAACUUUCAA